AUGGCCUCUGUCGAAGAUGCAAAGCGCGCAGCCGGUAAGACCGCUGUCGCAAACCACUAUCCGAAGGACGCCAAGUACGUCGGAAUUGGCAGUGGCUCUACCAUUGCCUAUGUCGUCGAAGCUAUUAGGGAUUCCGGAAUCGACACUUCGGCAACGAAGUACAUCCCUACUGGCUUUCAGUCCAAGCAACUCAUCGUCCAGGCUGGGCUUACAGUUAUCGACUUCGACACGCUGCCCGAAGGAACUGUUCUGGAUGUCGCCUUUGAUGGCGCAGACGAGGUGGACGAUCAACUCAACUUGAUCAAGGGUGGUGGUGCCUGUCUGUUCCAGGAGAAGAUCGUGGCUCUCCAAGCCAAGCAGUUCAUUUGCGUUGCGGACUACAGAAAGCUCGUGUCCCGUCUCCUUACGGCAUGGAAAUACAUUCCCAUUGAGGUGGCUCCUAUCGCUGCCAAUCGCGUGUUGACAAAGCUCAAGGAGUUGGGCAGCAUCAAUCCCGUCAUUAGAUCGAAUGCAACCGCCAAAGAAGGUCCUUUAAAGUCUGACCAGGACUUUUACAUCAUCGAUGCUCCAUUCAAGCCACUCCUUACCAAGGAGGAUAUUGCCGCUGGUAAGGACGGCAGCGGAAAGGACGGUAUCUGGGAAGUUGAAGCCCUGUCCCGGCAGAUCAAGCAGCUUGCCGGUGUUUUGGAAGUCGGUAUUUUCUCCGGCGCAACAGGCCCUGAGGCUCAGGCCCUUGGUGGCAUUGGAGGCCAGAAGCCCAUUGCUGCUUACUUUGGUAUGGAAGACGGUUCAGUUUCCGUCAGGAAGGUCGCUGCUUGA